GCAAGGGGGGUAAUUAAAGCCGCCGGCUGGGACAGGCAGGCAGGCAGCAUCGCUUCUGCCUCCCGGGGCCAAGCAGGGGCAGAGCCGGGGCUGUGCCCGACUUGUUUGUGUGCGAAGGAGGCGGCCCAGCCCAGCAGGGACUGCCGGCCGCGCCCCGACCCCUGGCUGGGCUUGCGGUGCGCGGAAGCCUCGCCCCAGCCAAGCCGGGGAGGGGAAGGGAGACGCCCUGCCUGCUCAGCCGGCUGAGUGAUCGGCGCGCCCCGCCCGGACCCUCCCUGCCCGCCUGCCUGCCUGCCUGCCUCUCCCCUCCCCGCCCCUCUUAGUUACCCCGCCGGCCGAAGGAGCCUGGCACAGCCAGCCAGCCAGCCAGCCAGCCGGGCCGGCGUCAUGUGACAGCGCUGCCUAGUGCCAGGAGCCCGGGUGGUGGUGGGGGGGGAAAGCCAAGCGCAGGAGGUGGCCCGCCUGCUGGAGAGAGAGAGAGAGACAGAGAGAGAGAAAGAGAGAGAAAGAGGGAGGAAGAAAAAAACCCCAAGGCGGCCCGAGCCCACCAGCCAGCCAGCCAGCCAGCCUCAGCAGCGCCAACUUCAGAGGUUGGUUGCUUUGACAAGUCCAAAAUCCAAGGUAUUUAUCUCGAAAGAAAAUGUUAAUGUUUGACCCCGUCCCUAUCAAACAAGAAGCAAUGGAGCCAAUUCCAGUGUCGUUCAACUCUACUUACAUGGACCACAUGAAGUCCAACAAGUACAGUGUCAUCUACUCCACGCCGGAGAUGAUGUCCAAUAAGUUCUACCAGAUUCCAGAUGGACUUUGCAGUGGGGUUCAGGUGGAGCCUGUUGACCUUACCAUGAACAAACGGAGUUCACCGCCGUCCGCUGGGAAUUCUCCUUCCUCCUUCAAAUUCCAGACUCUAGCCCGGAGAUCUUCCCCUGGGUUAUUAAAUCUGCCCUCAUCCAGCCCUACCGUAAAGAAAUUAGGUCCACCAGGAAUGCAGCCUUUCACUAUGCCCUUAACGAUUCCACCAGUGAUGGCGGCCCUUUCCCGUCAUGGACUAAGGAGUCCCGGAAUACUCCCAGUUAUUCAGCCCCUUGUCGUACAACCCGUCCCUUUUAUGUACACCUCUCACCUUCAACAGCCUAUCAUGGUGUCCACCGUUCUUCCCGAAGAGUUGGAAAACCCAAGCAGCGUCCCAGUAUCCGUCAUCGAAUCGUACGAAAAGCCAGCGCUAACGAAAUCUAUCAAGAUAGAACCAGGCUUGGAAUCGCCAAGAAAUGACUACUAUCCGGAGCAAAUGUCUCCUCCUGUGAUGACCUCAUUGUCACCUCCCAUGCUGCAAGAGAAUCAUCCUUCAGUUAUAGUCCAGCCUGGGAAGAGACCUCUACCGGUGGAAUCGCCAGACACGCAAAGGAAGCGACGGAUACAUCGGUGUGAUUACGAAGGCUGCAACAAGGUGUACACGAAAAGCUCUCAUUUAAAAGCCCAUAGAAGAACACACACAGGUGAAAAGCCUUACAAAUGUACUUGGGAAGGUUGCACGUGGAAGUUUGCUCGAUCGGACGAACUAACGCGGCACUUCCGGAAACAUACCGGAGUUAAACCGUUCCAGUGUCCGGACUGUGAUCGCAGUUUCUCUCGCUCUGACCAUCUCGCCCUCCAUCGGAAACGCCACAUGCUCGUCUGAACUUCUCACUUCUCUGCCCUUUUCCGUUUUUUUUUUUCCCCUUUCUUUUUCUUUUUUAUUUUUUACCUCAGCAUUUUAAUUCAGAUUCAGCUGGACUGGAUCUUUGGAUUUUUAUCUCCUCGCAACCUUUCUUGAUGGUCAGUUUAAAAAAAAAAAUGUUUGCUUGGCCCUUCUCGGAUUCUUGCCGUCGGACAGACCGAAAGAAUGUGAACAUUUUUUGUGUGUUUUGUUUGUUUCCUGGGGGAUGCUAAGCAACCCCUCAUUUGCCAGCGAAUAGAUUAUAUUUCCUUCAGACUUAAGACAUCUUAUAAUCAAGCGGAUUAGUUUUGCCAUUUAAUCAGCCAGUAUAUAUAUCGAUGAUACAGUUACUGGUUUUUGUUUUCCUGAAAUCCAGUUUGCUAAUCCUUGCCAGAGACUCGGUGUGCCUGUCAUAAAAGCACGCACGUCUCAUCUUUAUGCCCAGCAAUGCAAUGAAUGGAUAUUUUUUUGAAUAUGGUUGGUUAAGAGAAGCAUAUUCCAGAAGAAUAUUUUAUUUUUUUUGGAUGCAGAAAAUGAAAUCCUCAACCCUGGGAAUGAAUGAAAAUAUAUAUAUAUAUUUCCACUUAUCAGCAAAAAGCAGGCGUCCAUGCAGAUGUCGCAUAUCCUGAUCAAUGUUGCCUUUUGUGUGUGUGUGUGUGUGUUGGGAGGGUUGUGUAAGUUGUCCUUUUGUUUUGCCUGGGAAUCGAGUGUCUUGGUAGAUUCACUGAGCAAACCCUUUCGGUGGGAUGCAGUGAUCUGUUUUUGUCAUGCAACUGUGUGAAUGGGACACACAUGGUACUCCUUGUGGUGUGACAUUCAUUGAUAAAAUUGAUUUAAAAAUCUACCUCGCUGGGGAAGUGUGGCAGGCAUAGAAAUUUUUUCUCCACGCCUCGGCAUUUCCUGCCCUCGAGAACACCUUGAUCUGCCUUAGCUGAGAAAAAGCCACCGUUCCAGCAAAAUAAAUUCAGCUCUUCCUUGUUAGAAACAAAUUUUCCACCCGAGACCUUUCCAAUAUUCCUAUGAUCCGGGAGACAAAGAUUUGCUUCAUUGAAGCACUUCCAGAGAGCGUAGGAUUUGGUCGCAAUGAUCACCAACUAAAAACUCGGAACCCCGCCAAACCGUUUUACCAGCUCGUUUGAAAACUUCAGCGGACCAGCCCUCGCCAAGUAUUUUUGUAAUACCUUCUCAGUAUCGAUAAUUUUCCAAAAUAAUAAUAAUAAUUUUGAAAGAUUAGAUAGUUUCAUCCUAUAAAUCUUCCGUAUCUUCAGAGAUGCAAUUUUUAUAUUUAUAUUAAGGAAAUGAGACUCGCCGUAAUCCACCAGCAUCCUGUCCUUUUGCAGUCUAUGGUUAAAUUUGUGGGAACUGUGUCUUUCGUAUGUAGGAAAAAAAGGAAAGAGUUUUGUUUUUUUAAAGGAAGCCAACGAAGACGACAACAACCAGAGGAAUGAGCAGGAGAGGAAGGGAUUGCAGAAUAUAAACUAAACACUUUAUAAACUAAAAAUCACAUACAUUUCGAGUAAAUAAUUGCUCAGGGGCAACUUGGCUUACUCAAAAUUGCUUGUUGUAUUGUUCCAUAAAUUGUACUUAGCUUCAGUUGUUCUGGUAUAAACUUUUUCUAGCACUUUCAUCAUUUCCUGUUCCCUCUCUUACUUUUUAAAAGUUGUAUUACCGAACUCUCAUUAAACCGGUGUGUAAUAUAGAACACUUUGACUGGACCACGUCCAUUGUUUCUGGUACAAAGGUUCUCACGCCUUAGUUAAGUCUUGCUCAGUUCCUCAAAAAAAAUCCAAAAACUAUUUAAAUUCCAAAUUAGCUGGCCUGGUCUCCUCUUCCCCAUCCUCACAUUUUUGAUAUUUCUGAAAUAAGAUUCUCACAAGAAGUAAGUUAUAGGUAGUCCUUCACCGCAGCUGGAAGCCGAAUUUACAUUGCUAAGCAAGGCCAUUCUUAAGGAAGUUGUGUCCGAUUUGUUAAGUGAAUCAUUGCAUUUGUUAAGUGAAUUAUUGCAUUUGUUAAGUAAAUUAUUGCAUUUGUUAAGUGAAUCAUGGAUUCCUUAAACAAAUCCCGACUUUCCCCAUGAACUUUGCUUAUCGAAAGCCGACUGGGAAGGGCAGGAAAGGUGUUCACAUGACCUUAGGUUGUUUUAGCAAUCCGGAGCAACCUAAUUUUGACCUGCAGUUGAGUAGAAUUGUGUUUCAAUGGUGUGCAACCAAAUGGGCAGCUGAGAGCUUUGACAGAAAAUUCAAUUUAUCUGAUACUUCAAAAAAAGGGCGAGCAAAGGCCCCUUUCUGGAAAUUGAAUUUAUGCAAUUAGUUCUUACCAUGCGUUUCAUUAUUAUGCCAAGAAUUUGAAAAUUGUGGAACGCAUACAGAGAUAAUCUUCGACUUAUGACCACAAUUGAGCCCAUAAUCUCUGUUGCUAAGCAAGACAAUUGUUAAGUGAGUUUUGCGACUUUCCUUGCCACCGUUGUUAAGUGAAUCACUGCCGUUAAUAAGUUAGUAAUACGGUGGUUGAGUAAAUCCGGCUUCCCCCAUUGACUUUGCUUGCGACCCUGGGACACGGCAACCGUCGUAAGUAUGAAUCUGUUGCCAAGCAUGCGAAUUUUGAUCACAUGAUCACAUGGAGGCUGCAACAAUUGAAAGUGUGAAAAAUGAUCAAGUGCUGUUGUGGCUUUGAACGGUCACUAAAUGAAUCAUCAUAAAUUGAGGGUUGCCUGUAUGUGCUUCUAAUUAUUCUUGCCCUAAGACAAACAAACAAUUGUCUAUUUCACUGAAAGAGGCAAAAAAGUCAGUUUUGGAGCUAAAUGGCAUGAUUAGCCGGUACUAGUAGUCCUCAACUUGCAACAGUUCACUUAAUGGCCAUUCGGAGUUACCACGGACCGAAAGAAGUGGCUUAUGACAGUUUUUCAAACUUACGACCAUUGAAGCAUCCCCAGGGUCACACGAUUUGCAGUCAUAUGCAUGGCAACCAACUCACAUUUAUGACGGUUGUAGCGUCUAGGGUCCCAUUUUGCAACCUUCUGACAAGCAAAGUCAAUGAGGAAUCCACAUUAAGAUUCACUUAACAACCGUGUCACUAAUUUAAGAAUGGCCGUGAUUCACUUAACAAAAUGUGGUGGGAAAAGUUGUAAAAACGGGGUAAAAUUCACUUAACGACGUACAUUUUGGGGCUCAAUUCUGGUCGUACGUGGAGGACUACCUGUCUAGUCCUGUAUAAUCUCCUAGCAUUUUCAAGGUAUUGGAGCAAUAACGGAAAUAUCUUUGUGCGAUCAAAGCAGGGUGAGGCUGAAUUCAAAAUUAACGGAAAA